UGUCAAUGGUGUUCUAGAAUAUUUUAUGAUUUCCAGUUCAAACUAGAACUCUACUGUAUCCAUCUGGAAGUCAUGAACAGCUGCGAAAGGAAACGCUGCCAUUGACACAAUGCUGAUCUCACUGCUGCUUUGGGCGUUAUGCGUGCAGGUUAGUGAUGCGGCGAUCACUUCGGCGUCUGUGAUUCCGGUAUCUCUGAAUGGUGGCGUCACGGGAGCGGUGGAUGUGGCCUUCACGACAGGAACCACCAUCCCGGUCGGCGGGACGAUCGUCUUGACAUUCCCCUCUGCUUUCUACGUGGACUCGGCGUCGACGUUGUCCAACAUUGUUGGCAUAGAUUCAACUAGUACGAUAGUAGCAUCACCCGCUACUGGCGUAGUGACUAUCACGAUUGCAACGACCAAUGCUGCAGCUGGAGCCAUCUCCUUUACUCUUGAUAGCAUUUCGAAUCCAGGUACGCUGCGUCCUGUCGGAAUGAAAUGCUGGGAAGGCUGACAUGAUAGCUCGCAGGUUUGGGCUUGUCAUCAAGCUACUUCAUCCGCACUAAGAAUGCUGGUGGCACAACCUUGGAGUCAGUAACGGUACCAGGCUCUACUUUCACUUCUUGGACUAUGUCCAAUGCUGCUACGGUGACAGCUCCUUCAUUGCUUGCUGGUAGAACAACGUCCUACACGGCCACCUUGACAACCGAUGUCACGUUACGCAUUGGAAGUGUCAUUGCGCUGAAAGUACCUGUUCUCAGCGGCGGCGCGAUCGUGUUCAGCAGCGCUACUCUUGCAGGCUUGGUGGGCAUCGAUCUAGCGUCAACGGAGCUGCGAGUGUCAUCACCGUAUAUUCUCCUCACAAUUGCUGGUCAAGACAUCGCUGCAGGACAAACUGUGUCGAUCACCUACGGCAACAUCAUUAAUGCUGCAGCACUGUCCACACCACCGUUCUACGUUGAUACGCGGCAUCCCAAUGGUGCCAUUUUUCAAGUCAGUACUGCUACGAACACACUAACAUUCACAAGCACAACGCUUCCGUCAGCGACGAUAACUCCUGUAUCCUAUUGGGCUGGUGUUACGACCGAAUACAACGUGGUGUUUGCCAACUUGGCUUACGUGCCACCAGGAAGUCGAGUGGAGGUAACAUUUCCGUCCCGUUUUGACAUUAGCAGCGCUACCCUGAGUCACAUCACAAACUUGCCUAUCGUGAAUACUAUUGUCUCUCUGGCCAGUUCAACUAUUGCAAGAGUGACGCUGGGAAAUAUUGCUGUAUUACCUGGAACCGGACGUGGAUUUAGGCUGCAAAACAUCGUAAAUCCUGGCUCCUCCUGCGACGAAUUCAUUGUCGAGUAUUGCACUCCCACAUGGGGAUCGUACACAGUAACCAUCACCGAUAAUGGUGGCAAUGCCUUGGAAGCGUUGACGACAGUGGCAGGUACACCGAUUGUCAAGAAGCCGCUCACGUAUGGUCGUGUUCGCCCGUUGCUCAAGACUCCCAACACACUUACAGUAGCGACUGUGACGCUCGACACCUCGACAACAAUUCCUCUUGGAGGUUAUAUCGAGGCUGUACUUCCUGCUGACUACAGUGUUGGGGCUGGGACGAUUACAGCGAGUUCUUUGGUAAAUAUUCCCGGCGCUAGUAGCGCUGUUAUCUCUACACCAAGCUCCGUUAAACUACAGAUUGCAGGCGCGAAUAUCCCAGCGACAAGCGGAAUCUCGUUCACAGUCGACAAGAUUACCACGUCUUCAAAUAAUGCGGUUGGAAACUUUAUUGUACGCACUCGAGACGCAGGAGGCAAUACGAUUGAAGAGAGCAGCACUGUAGGUGGCGAAGGGUGUACCUAUGUGAAUGAUUGCAGUGGUCAUGGUACGUGUACGCUUCUCUCAAAGGUUUGUAUUUGCAGCAUUGGCUGGGGAUCACCAACGGAUGUAGCAGAAUACAAGUCACCAGACUGUUCUACUCGUGUAUGUCCAUCAAAUUUCGCCUGGAAUUCUAUUCCCACAAGCACCACUACAGCUCAUGACAUUCUUGUCGAAUGCUCCGGCAUGGGGGUCUGCGAUCGAGCUGCAGGGGCUUGCAAAUGCUUCCCCGGUUUUGAAGGCUCUGCAUGCGAAAGGAUGAGUUGUCCGAACGACUGUUCUGACCGAGGAACGUGCAUGAGUAUGCGCAGCAUGGCAGCAGCCAAGAACGCGUUGCCCAUUUCUCCCCCAACAACCUACGGAGACAAUCCGUUCUCUGGUGCUUGGGACGCCGACAGGAUUUUCGGCUGUGUCUGCGACUCUGGUUGGGCUGUCGGGACGGCAAGCGGCGAGCUACAAGCCACAGAAUACUUUGGGGCGGACUGCUCGAAACGUCACUGCCCCAUUGGAAACGACCCCGACACGACUGCAGACGAAACCAACUGCCAGGGUAAGGCGGUACCAGGGGGCACCGCUGUAGGCGUCGCUGGGAAUAAAUGCCUUGUUGAGUGCUCCAACCGUGGGGGGUGCAACUACAAAACGGGCGUCUGCUCCUGUUAUCAAGGGUACACUGGAUAUGCCUGCCAAACACGAGACGAGCUCGCCAAAUAGCGUCAGUUAACCAAGAUAGAGAAGCAUGGGAUAAAAAGAUCCGAGCAGUGGUUUCCGAGAGUCAUUGCUGUCCAGCUUGCUGUGAAUUUAAAUAAGUGCAAUGUCCUGCUCUUCUGCCUCCGUUCUAAUCAAUGAG